UUUGUCUUCUCGCGAUAAUCUCCUGCGCGAGAAAAAAGCCAAAGGUAGUACGAUGCUAACGGCUGAUUAGCUCUGUGUUAAGACGUUUGUCGUUCAGCUAGAUGGGGGAGAAGACGCCCGACUGUUGCUAAGGAAGGAAGGGUUUCCAGGUCUCCAAAGAGGCUGAGAUCGGAACAACUUCCUGCCUUCACCAACCGCAAACAACCUCCUCAGGGUGGAUUUGAAGAUGUAGCCAAGACAGAAGAUUGUCAUCUCUGCAGUACUUCAACAUUCGUGCCCAGACGUAAUCAGUGACUCCUCACCUCCACCCUCUGCCAUCCUAACUCUGGAGCACUUUGACCCCCACCCAGGGCUCCCCAGUGCGUGACUCAGUCAGUCCGUCCCUGGUUGAAGACCCCACUGUACUCAGCCAUGCUGUUCUCCCUGAGGGAGCUGGUCCAGUGGCUGGGCUUCGCCACCUUUGAACUGUUCCUCCACCUGUUAGCUUUGCUGGUCUUCAGCAUGCUGGUUGCUCUGCGAGCUGACAUGUUCACACCCACACUGAGCUGGUGGCUGGUCUUCGUCCCGCUGUUUGCUGCCGACGGCCUCAGCACCUACUUCACGGCCAUCGUGUCCAUCCGUCUUUACCAGGAGAAUGAGAAGCGUCUGGCGGUCCUGCGGCUCCUCUGGGUGCUGACGGUGCUCAGCCUGAAGCUGGUGUGUGAGGUGCUGCUGUGUCAGAAGCUGGCGGAGCAGGAACAAGCCAGAGACCUGUGGUUUGGCCUCAUCGUCUCACCGCUGUUCAUCCUGCUGCAGCUGCUGAUGAUACGAGCAUGCCGUGUCAACUGAGAGGAGGCAGUCGGUGGCUGUGCUUUCACAUCACAGAGCAGAUAGCAGUCUUCAUCUGCCAUUAGAGAUUUAAAGCAUAACAAUAGUGUAUUUUUCUUUUGGCUCAUUGGCACCUUUUCACCCACAUGUUCCAGGUCACACCAAAAUCCAAUUUCUUAUCAUUUGUUUUUCUAAUAACAUCAAAAUUAACAAAUGUUUUCAACGCUUACUUGAGUGAUAAUGUAGUAUUUUAAGAAAAGAGCAGACUGUUGUGUGUUACUAAAUGCUAAAAUGAUGGACCUUUAAGAUGGACUGGAAUGCUGAAUGUGGCCCAGGCCAUCAGUGACUGACUUCAUUCACCUGGAGUGGCUUGAAUCAGAAUAGUGGAGGCUCUUAUAUUACCAUAUGGUUUGGAAAUGAAAAGAGUAGCAGCAUGACCACAUACUUUUGGCCAUGUAGUGUAAACAUAUUUAAUACCUAGUUAACUAGUGCUACAUUGAAGUUUUAAAAAGACUGAAUGGAAGUAGAAUUUAUGGUGGACAAUGAGCCAUGAGGGAAAUCUAUACCAGAGUUAUGUUUUAAUGCACAUAUGCACACAACACAUAUAGAUUAAAUAAACUGGUGAAACCUUAAGGCAGUAAUACCACAGGCAAUUUUUUUGGCAACUUUCAUGGGCAACAGCUGCAGCAUUGAUUCUUUUUUCCCCAGAGGAGGCAGAUGGUUGUUGGCAAAUUUUAUUAGAUUUAUUAUCUUAUGUCUCACUUUGUUGCCUGUUAAUCAGAGUGUUACUCAUGCAUUUUACCCUUGAACUGCCUAGUUUGUCAGCUCCAUCAGUGAGACUGGUCUGGACAGCAAGACGCUGGUUCUGAAACUUGUUGUCACCUCACAGUCUCACUCCAAUGCAGAAGACGUGAAUGUGAUUUCCACUGGCAGUCAAUUGUGACCACACAUCUUCCCUGAAUAUUGCUGUUUAUUUCUACAAUAUUUUUUUUCUAUCUUACCUUGUGUAUGUGCCGCAUGUAUUAUGUAUUAUAUUACGUACGUGUGCCUCAUUUUAAGGUAAUUCCAGACGUGAAAUUCUGUGUAAUAUGUAUAUGUUGAUUCUGGGACGAAAUCCACCAAAAAUAUUAUUUAUGUUCUUGUUAUGGCACCGUUACUGUCAUGUGUAUAUAUAUGUAAAUAAACCAUCAACAUUUUACCAA